AUGGCACCUCCGCAUCCAUUCGAUCCCCUUACUUCCGGGGAGAUCGCCAAGGCCGCAACAAUUGUGCGCAAGGAGCUCCACGGGAAAGACCCCAAUUUUCGUGUGAUCACUCUCCAGGAGCCGCCCAAACAGGAGAUGGUCUCCUUUCUUGAGGGAGAACUCCGCGGACAAAGUCGUUCACGACCAGUUCGAGCUGCACGUGUUCAAGUCACUAUUCGAGGCAAUUCAAAACCUAAUGAGAUGGUAGAGCUCACUGUUGAUUUGACUUCCGGAUCUAUCAUUAAGAAAGAACAUCUCGUGGGAAAGCACCCUUAUAUCGACUCCGCUUAUAUGCAAGCCGCCGAGAAAGCAUGCAGAGCAGACCCGAGAAUUGAAGCAGAGAUUCAAAAGCUUAAACUGCCGGAUGGUGCUCAAGUUGUGGUCGAACCAUGGGCAUAUGCGACUGAUGGGAUGAAUGAUGUAUCUGAACGUACUACAAUGUGCUGGUUCUAUCUGCGUCUUCUUGACCACCCAGAUGCAAACUACUACGCAUACCCGCUCGAUCUAUGUGCCGAGGUUUCCGAACAACUGAAAGUCACCAAGAUCUAUCAUCUACCCUCAGCUGAAGAUGAGCGUAUCCGUGAAGAUGCACGGCCAUAUGACCACAGCAAGGCCCACUCGCCCGAGCUCAGCGAGUAUCAUCCUGAUUUGCGGCCUCCACCGCGGACUACGACGAAGCCUUAUCAAGUGGUUCAGCCGGAAGGCCCUUCGUUCAAAGUGAAUGGCAACCUUCUUAGCUGGGAGAAGUGGACCAUGCGCGUGGGGUUCAAUUAUCGCGAAGGCCUCACCUUACAUGACAUCAGGUACGAUGGUCGGAGCCUCUUCUACCGGCUGUCGCUGUCGGAGAUGUUCGUUCCUUAUGGAGAUCCCAGAACGCCGUAUCCUCGCAAAGGAGCUUUCGAUCUUGGGAAUGAUGGUGCUGGCAUCAACGCUAAUAACCUACGCCUCGGCUGUGACUGCCUAGGUACGAUCAAAUACUUCGAUGGCUGGCAUAACACUGCCUCGGGCGAACCUCUCAAGCUCCCUAAUGUCGUGUGCUGUCACGAACAGGAUGAUGGGAUCCUUUGGAAGCAUACCAAUCACCGCACGCAGAAUGCGGUCGUGACUCGCUCGCGCAUCCUGGUGCUGCAGACUAUCAUCACCGUUAGCAACUACGAGUAUAUCUUCGCCUUCCACUUUGGCCAGGAUGCGUCCAUCCACUAUGAAGUGCGUGCAACCGGAAUCCUGUCAACCUGUCCCAUCAACAACGGUGACCAAGUAGGCUAUGGCACGGUCGUUGCACCAGGUGUACUCGCUCCUUACCACCAGCACCUCUUCUCUCUCCGAAUCGACCCAGCAAUCGACGGGUACACCAACUCACUCCAGGUCGAGGAAUCCCACGCUAUGCCCAUCAACGAUCCAAAGGUGCACAACCCCCUCGGCGUGGGAUAUACGACAAAGUCCGAGAUCAUCACCAAAGAAGGUGGACACGACCUUGACUUUGCCAGCGGUCGCACUUUCAAAAUUAUCAACGAGAAACAAAUCAACCCGAUCACCGGUACCCCCGUGGGAUUCAAGCUGCUCCCAUGCUAUAGCCAGAUGCUUCUAGCGCAUCCACAAUCCUACCACGCACGACGCUCCGAAUUCGGCAGCCACGCAGUCUGGGUGACUCGGUAUCAAGACGAUGAGCUAUUCCCAUCAGGCCGGCACACGAUGCAGUCUCUUGGUGGGGAGGGUAUUAGCUCCGUGAUUGCGCAGCGCAAAGACGAUCCAGUCGCGUCGAAUGUGCGUAAUGAAGAUAUCGUGAUCUGGCACACAUUUGGGUCAACUCAUAAUCCACGCAUUGAAGACUGGCCGGUUAUGCCUUCGGAGAAGAUGGUGGUAGGCUUGAAACCGGUCAAUUUCUUCACGGGAAAUCCGGGUCUGGAUGUUGCAGUCUCGACGCAGGAGAAGAAUAAGAGUGUUUUGGUUGACGAUGGGGCUGGAUGCAAGACAGGUGUUUGUCCUCGCUUGUAA